UGGUUUUCAACACUAUCUAAUCUUACCAAUAACAAAAACACAUCAAAUCAUCAAAACAUCUUAAAAGAUUGAUUGCUACCUGAAUACAAUCCCAACAAAUGGUAAGCAGAUAUUCGCAAUUUUCAACAAUAGAUAUUUCAGAACUUUGCAAUACAUAAAUGAUAAGACCAGUAAAAAGAUGACCGAUUCAUUGAAACUUGCUGAAAUGCAACGCACAAAUAUUGAAUUUGAACGACAACGUCACUUGGCCAAUUGGUUUAUAAAAAGUAGUCCACAUAUGCCAACACCAUCAUUAGAUCCCAAUGGUGGUGGGGGUGGUGGAAUCUGUGGCGGUAUGAGUGGCAGUGUAGCAGGAGUAGGAGGAGGAGGAGGUGGAGUGACCACAUCGGCACAGGAAGGACACAAACCCAAACUGAGACGUUUCAAUUCCCACGAUACAAGUGCAAAUAUGUUUUCCGUGGCGGAUUUUGAAAAUGCCCGUCUCGUACGACGCAAUGAGAUUGAAAUGAAGCAACGUCAACAGCAACGGCUCAAAAUGAAUUCACUGAGUUCUGGAGGGGAUUGUUCGACGGGCGAUAGUAAAGGAUCUAAAUAUAGUAAUGAUUCCCAACCGGAACCUUUACCAGCUGAAACAUUUCUUGAACGGUAUCCACCACCACGAGUUGUAUUUGUUUCAUACAAACCGAAAUUCAGUCAUGAAACGCUACAAUCAUCAUCAUCAAAUGGGUCAUCAUCAACAAACUCCUUGACAUCAACAACCAAUAAAAAUCCAACUGGAGGUACCAAUAAGUUAGGCUCUGGUGAUCUAUAUCUGAUAUAUCGAUAUAUAAGCGAACGGAAAAUCUAUCAUGGAUACAACUCCAAAUCGGGUGCUAAUAGUAGAAAGAAGGGCGUGAUGUUACCACAAGAAUUUCCAGGCUUCUUCUCACUAGUGAACGACAAAGGAUCACCCACAGCCACUCUCUAUACAACAUUUGUUCAACUUGUACGUGAACGUGUUUUUAAAUUUAUCUCAGUUGACAAUCUACCCGCCUUCACUGAAUCCCGAACGAACGACACUUUCCCACCAAGAUCUCAUUAUGUUAAAAGUACGGCCCGUGGCGGUCAAGUUUUUCGGCUAUUGGCCGUUUUCGAAGAUGGAAAACAGGACAGUAGUAGCUCAUCGAAUAAGAACUCUAGUGGUCGGGAAAAGGAGAAAGGACGCUAUGCUCAGUUACUUAAUGAGAAUCGACAAAUUUUGUAUGUUUCCUUGACAACAAAAGGAAAAUUCUACGAAAUCGAACCGGGCAUACCGCAAAUAUUGCAAAAAACGGGAAUGGUAAAGGAAACAGAGAGGAAGCUGAAUCCAGACUGUGUCCAUCGGAUAAGUGAUUUGUUGAAGAAUGAGAGGGAGUAUCCUGUGAACAUUCGGUAUAUAGCUGGGCCAACGAAUGUUACAAACAAAAUUCCAGAGCAUUUGACCAUCACUAAUGUUUCGACCGAGAAUGUCUUGAUAGCUUGUCCAAUAGAAGAUGUUGAAGCUAGGUCAGAACUUCAUUUGAAAAAGUUACCUGUCACCUCUGAUAUGACACUUAUGAAAUGCUUCCUUGGCUUCGAGAAUGAACAGAGAAUGUUUAGUAAUCAGAAUAUUCAGAAUAUUUUGAAAUUUUGUCAGUUCGAUUUCGAUUCGUUCACAAAACAAAUCGAAUCAGAGACCCUUGUGCGACCAGAGAGAACGUCCAGUAAAAGCAGAGUGGAAGGGUUGAAAAUUCUGAAACCUUUGAAACUGUUGAGGCGGGAAAAGACAUCAAUUGCUCAUGAAAAGGAGGAUUCCAUUAUAUUUUUGAGUAAGAACGAUCUGGCCAAUCUCGAGGCAAGAGAGGAGAGUAAGGAGGGUCAGUCUCGUAUAACAGAGAAAAUGAAGGUGUUUCAACCCACGAAGAAGAAGUGGUUCAAGAAGAAUGAAAAGCAUACUUCAUUGAAUAGUUUGGAUCUAGACGAGCAAGCUAAGAGGAUGAGCAUGGAGAGAUAUAAUGAUAUGUCGAAACUUUUGCAGGAACGGUUUGGAGAUACACUGGAUGAAGCGUCUCACGAAAGACCAACUUCUGAUCUUGGACGUCCUGACAAACCUCGAACACAAAUCCAGAAGAGUCUGAGUUUGCAAGAGGUCGACUUUGUAGAGAAGCCCGACCUCGUGCCAGAAAAUUACUCAGAACGAAAUGGGGCCGAUAGCCAGUUGGAACUGAAUGAUGAUCGUGACACAAUCGACACGGACUUGACUCAAUCGCAUACACAUCAGCAGCAAUCUUUCAUCAGCGAGAAAAUGUACUCGGAAUUCCAUGUGAAAACAAGACAGUACAGCAAAUCAUCGUCUAGUCUACAUCAGUUGCUCCAUUUCGCCGUUCCAAGUCGCAUGAAUAUUGUCGAGACCAAGAAACAUCAACUCCUCGCAAAAUCCGGAAGCAGCAAGGAUCCAUUCAAGGACAGAGCCGAGUCAAACAAUAAAAAGCUCGACUUUAUACUGAAUGAAAAGGUGGACGAUGCCAAUCUACGGUCAUCAACUACCAUCAUUGAUGAUCUUCCGUACAGCAGUGUCCGGGAUUCCUUGCUCCCGGAUGAUAGUACCCUCGAUUUAGAGGACGAUGGAGACUUUGCAGCCAGCAAUGGCGAUCUACAAAUUGGGUCCAAGCGUCAAUCAUUAAUCGGAAGCGAUAUCGAUGCUAAGGAGAAUAUUUAUGCAGAGAUUUGCAAUGAUGGCGGAGCUGUAAGUCGCAUUCAAAUCACAUGCUGUUAUGUAUCUCCACAACAAUCCUCUGAUUUGUCCACAACACUUUCAUCAUUGGCCAGUGGAGGGGGUUAUGCUGAAUUACAAACGCAAACACAAAGUGAUGACGGUGCUAGCACGCAGAAUAUCUAUAAUACGAUUAAGUGAAAAAUGGAUAAGAUUUUGUAUUAUUUGAAGAUUAAGUUAAGAAUGAAGAUCUGGUUGAGUUUGUAUCUGUGAGAUUUUUAAGGAGGUUCUAAAGAUGUUAGGAAACAUUUGAAAUGUCUGGCAGUUUUGAUUUGGCAAUAGAAACAUUUUAUGAGAGUACGAGCAAUACAAUAUAUUGGCGUAAGAUUUAUAUACAUAUGCAUGGAUACACGUACUUUGCAGUAGAGAUGAUGUUUUUCAAUUGAAUUAGAGGUCAUUGUGCUUGGAAGGGUGUCUUUUCAGUGAGGAUUACAAAGUCCUGCUUCUUCCAGCUAAUGACCUCUGAUGCGGUUGAUGAAGGAGCAUCCAAUAUAUCAACUUAGGUAACCUACAAACACAGCAUAUUAUUUCUCCGUACUAACUUACUCAAAAAUAUCAAUAAAUAGCUCACAUUCAUCAUUCAGCAAAUAGAAAUUUCCUUUAGGCAAUGGUUCUCGUAGCUAUCAGAAAACAUUAAACAUAAUCAAUCAUAACAUACAAUAUGACCGAACGAACGAAUAUUCAAUUAGCAAAAAUGGAUUUUUAAAAAUAUAAUUACAAUAACCGAAAUAGCAACCACAGAAUAAAUAAAAAAGAUAAAUACAUACUGGAAACUCAAAAUAAGCUGAUGCAGUUCUGACUUACAAAUUCAAAUAGCAUUCAAAAAUGUGGAAAUUAAUCAAACAAAUAUAAAUUAUCAAUAAAAUUAGACAAUUUCAGUGUUUCUCUCAACCAAAGUAUUAAUACAAACAAAAAACAAAAAAAUGUGAUAGUGGAAUUAUUAUUUACAUUAAUCCUUUUAGUUUUUUGUCGCUUUUUAUAAUCGAAACCAGGAAGCAAAAUACAAAUUCUAGAAUUUUAUCGUAGAACAAUCAUUAUAUCUAAAAAACCUACACGAAAUUCCAAAUUAUUCAUUUGUGUAUAAUGCAAUUUGAAAAGGAAAACUAAAUAAAUGAAUUAAUGAAUUUAAAGGGAAACUAUUGUGCUUUUAACUUAUCGUAGUAGUGAUGGUGUUCUUUUAUUGUAAUACUUCCUUUACAAUCAGCUACCGUAGAACAACCCUUCCCGUUAACAGCCUACGACAAACAGCUAAUAGCCAGUAGAUUAGUUCAAAGUUUCCCUACAAACUCCAUAAAUAGAAGUCCAGACUUUACUUUCUCAAUUGAAUUCAAGUUACAUUACCAGAAACUAGAAAAAAAGUAGAUUUGCAAUAGCAAUAAAAGUUAUUUGAACAAAACACAAAGUAAAUGAGUUGAAGGAACUCUCACUUGAUUACAUACUUCCUUGGCAUAGUAUGACUCUCAUCAGUGGAACACAAAACAAGCGAAUACUUAAAAUGAUUUGAAAGUACACUAGAUUGUAUUAUUUUCUCGUAAAUAUCUUUUAGUUUGUAUCCAAAUAUCUUAUUUUUACUAUUUUCUUAAAAUAACACUAUUUUAUUAUCUCUAUUAUUACAACAAAAACAAAAAGUUUAUACCCUUUCUCGACUCUCUUGUAUAUUUGCUAAUUUUAUCAAUUACUUUUCUAAUAAAUUUCUACUUUUUACAUUUAUAUUACAUCUGUAUAUACGAAAAGGUUUAUAUAAUUAUCAUUGAAAUUAAUCUAAAUUAAUAAUUUUCAAAUAAAAUACAAUUUAAAUUAACCAUAAUCUAAAAAUCUGUGAACAUAGGAAACCAGUAAUUUGUUGAAAAGAAAAAACGAUAGAACCAGAAUAUUCUGAAUAAAUAUUAGAAAUACAUUGAACUCCUCCCACGAAUAGAAUUUCUGUUAAAAACAAAAAGAAAGUCGAAUAUAUACUUCCUGUUUUCAUAUCUGCAAUACAAUAACACACACAUACCCAUUUAAAGAAAAACAUAAACAGCAACAGAACAUGUUGAAUAUAUUACAUAUGUCUACAAGUAUAUAUACACAACUAACUGAAAGAAAUGGAAUUAUUAUAAUGACACAACAAACAAUAAAAAGAAAUAUAUUUGUUACUCAUUAAAGUAAAAA